UGCCUGUGCUCUCUUUGAGAGGAAAGGGAGGCUCAGUCCCUUCUUGCUGCUGUUAUUUCACUGUCUCUGCUUGCAGGUUCCCGCUGUCAUUCAUUUGGGUUCCUUUUGGUGCAUCCGUCUCUCUUUUCUGAAUCUGUUCUGGAUCGCCUGAGCUGUGCCCCACUCCAUGGAGAGCUCUGUAAAUGGCUGAGGAGCUAUGUACUGGCUGGUUCCGCAUUGUUGCAGGCUCAUUGGAGAUUGAGGAAUGCAAAUCUGCAAUCAUGAUGGAAGGAUUGAAAAAGCGUACCAGGAAGGCCUUCGGGAUAAGGAAGAAAGAAAAGGACACAGAUUCUACGGGAUCACCGGACAGAGAUGGGGGUUCACAGAAAAAGACUAAUGGGGCACCGAAUGGGUUUUACGGAGAGAUUGACUGGGAUCGAUAUAACUCCCCUGAGGUGGAUGAAGAAGGAUACAGUAUUAGACCAGAGGAAGAGGAUAUAUCUGCUCCUAAAGCCAAGACUCACUUUUUCUCAUCCAGUGAGUCCGAAGAGGAGGAGGACCACCGGAAAAAGUUCAAAAUCAAGAUCAGACCUUUACCUACAGACAGCGCAAACUGUACAGAGCCCACAGUAGAUGAACUAAAAGCCUCCAUAGGCAACAUAGCACUGUCUCCCUCUCCACUGAGGAGUAGUCCGAGACGUAGCCCGGGCCUGAUAAAAAGAAAUAUAUCCAGUGAGGAGAUUGCAAGGCCAAGGCGCUCCACCCCCACACCCGCCCCUGCUCCAGAGGCCCCCAACAGUAAGGCUGCUCCAGUGCCAGAGGAUGCAACGGCCUUGUUCGGCCCUCCCCUGGAGACAGCCUUUGAAGCACAGAAAACCGAAGUGGUUAUAGAUGAGCCUGAAGUGUGGGGUGUGCCUGUAUCUGAGUCACAAACUGACUCUCCUUUGACAAGAGCCUUCCCCACUGGAACUCCGCCUCCGCUUCCGCCCAAGAAUGUCCCGGCUACGCCCCCUCCUUGCGGCUCUCCCUCUGCAGACUCCUCCGCUGUCUUGAAAGAGGAGGAACCCGGUUCCGGUUCCCAGGACGUCAAUACUGAGGGCCCCAGGAAGCCUUCCAUUGCUGACCUGGACAACAUCUUCGGACCGGUGCAGACCCCUGGGCCCGGAGCGGAGACGGCAGAGAAAGAAUGGGUCAGCUUCACUGACGACUCACCUGAAAGGCCGCCCCCUCCCCAGGACCCCGCCCCUCCUCUGCCCACCGUCCCGCCCCCAGACUCGCCCCCCUGCGUUCCUCCGGAACCCCCUCCUGGCCCCCCACCAGAAGAGGUGUUGGAGUCUCCCACCAGCCCUCCUCCUCCUCCUCCCCCAGAGGAGCCAGCUACACGCACCAUCCCCCCACCCCUUGUCCUGAAUGAUGAGGACAAAAGGAGCCCCGAGGCCUCAGCGCUGAAGGAGGAUGUCGCCGAGUCCACAGCCUCACCCAAAGAGCUCACCCAGGGGCCCCGUGCUACCCCUCCCCCUCCUCCCCCUCCUACAUACAGGGCAGUGGUGUCCUCACCUGGGCCUUGCUCCGGAACUGGCACUGGCAGCGGCUCCUCCUCCCCAGCACGCCCUGCCACACCACUGGCCGGCAGUAGCCCGACCCCGCCCCCUCCUCCCCCCCGGCCACCCUCAAGACCCAAACUGCCUCCUGGGAAACCGAGUGUGGGGGAUGUGACUCGGCCGUUCAGUCCCCCUAUUCACUCAUCCAGCCCCCCGCCUAUCGCCCCUCUGGCGCGAGCGGAGAGCACCUCCUCCAUAUCCUCCACCAACUCUCUGAGCGCCGCCACCACGCCCACUGUCGGUAAAGAGCUCUCCGUUUCUGUGUCAGAAGAUGACGCUUUUGUAUGCAAACCGCCCACCUUUGAGAGGCGCUGUGAAAUGCCUACAGAGAAUGACCAGCCUUCCCUGGUAUGGUUUGACAGAGGAAAGUUUUAUUUAACCUUUGAAGGCUGUUCCCGAGGGCCCAGCCCUCUCACCAUGGGUGCCCAGGACACCCUACCAGUGGCAGCCGCUUUCACCGAGACGGUCAACGCCUACUUCAAAGGAGCGGACCCCAGCAAGUGUGUGGUGAAGAUCACAGGGGAGAUGGUGCUGUCGUUUCCAGCCGGGAUCACCAGGCACUUUGCCAAUAACCCCUCCCCGGCCGUCCUAACAUUCAGCAUAACAAACUACAGCCGGCUGGAGCAUGUCCUGCCUAACCCCCAGCUGCUGUGCUGUGACACCACACAGUCGAAUGCCAACUCAAAGGAGUUUUGGGUGAAUAUGCCAAACCUCAUGGCCCAUUUAAAGAAGGUUGCUGAGCAGAAGCCCCAGGCGACGUACUACAAUGUAGACAUGCUGAAAUAUCAGGUAUCUGCACAGGGCAUUCAGUCCACCCCACUGAACCUGGCCGUCAGCUGGCGGUGCGAGCCCACAACCACAGAUCUCAGAAUAGACUACAAAUACAACGGGGAGGCCAUGACCACGCCUGUGGCCCUCAACAACGUCCAGUUCCUGGUACCUGUGGACGGAGGAGUGACCAAACUCCAGGCAGUGCUUCCCCCAGCAGCUUGGAAUGCAGAACAACAGAGAAUCCUGUGGAAAAUCCCUGAUAUUUCUCAGAAGUCAGAAAAUGGAGGGGUGGGGUCUCUGCUGGCCAGGUUCCAGCUGACAGAGGGACCCAGCAAGCCGUCGCCGCUGGCGCUGCAGUUCACCAGCGAGGGAAGUACUCUCUCAGGCUGUGACAUUGAGCUGGUCGGAGGUGGAUACAGGUUCUCCCUCAUCAAAAAGAGGUUUGCUGCAGGAAAAUACAUGGCUGACAAUUAAUCAACACUACUGAACAAAACAAUGAGGACCAUGUCAUUGGACUAGAUGUACAGUUAAGAGAAAGGACCUUUCAGAUGCACCAAUCCCAACAGAAUCACUGUCAACCCUUUGUAUAAUUACUUAAGGAAGGCAAGCUGGCCAAUCCAACAGUAUUAUAUAAAAUGCAUAUAGAAUUGUGGAGAGUUUUAGGGUGUAAUUAUUGUAUUUGUAAUAUGUAUCAUUUCAGAACAUCUGUAUUGCAGGACUUUAACACCUGGGUUUCUUUUCGAAGUUAGCGGCUGUUUCCUUCAAGCGUUUUAGUGUUGUCAACCUUCUCACUGUAGCUGCCUCUCUACUCAGCCCUGACCAAUCACCACUGGGUCUUCUCAGCACCCAAAUGCUGAACACUUACAGACACAGGGAGAGAAGCUGUCAGCUAGUGGUAAAGAUGUACUUGUAGUCAGUUGAGGAGAAUGUCCGUGAAAAUGAUGGAACCGUCAAAUGCAUCAGAAUGAAUCCAGACAAGAAAUGCUAACGUUAAAGUGUUAAAAUGGCUGUAAUGGUGUUCUACCCGUGAUACCACUGCCAAGUCCCUAACAGGCUGGACUAGAGACACUGGCAGGUUUCAGUUGUUGCGUGAUGAGUGAACAGGGUCCAUGGUUGUGCCUUUGGUUACCUAACUGUUCUGGAGAAACAAAUGGCAGAGAGUUGUGCUGAUUCCCUGCCAAGAAAAUGAGAGAUCUGUGGAUCUCAGUUGCUUGCCAUUAAAUCACUGUAGGGAUAGUGUCUUUUUUCAUGUAUAUCAUGGCAGGAGCACAUCCUUUUCACUGUUAGCUAGCUAGUGAAAUGCUGUUGUCAUUUUCUAUUGAUGGAACUGUGUGCUAGCUGCUUUUUGAUAAAGGUGAAAAGAUUAUUAUGUAGCCAGCUAACUUGGCAAAGUUAACAGUUGAAACAUUUUUAUCUAACAAGCCAAUGUUAGCCAACCAUAACCCUGUGCAGAACUUAGCCCUUACUACAUGGUAGAGAAUUUAUAAGGGUCUGUCUCACAUAGUGCAAUACUAGGACAGCUGGCUUAAAAGACACUGCACAAGACCAAGCUACGUACAUUGUGGCCCAUAUAUAGUUGAUUCACUAUUUAUGACACAAUAUCACUAUUUAUGACACGCUUGCAUUGUUGUAAUGGAAAAAAAAAACUGAAUUUCCAUCCUGCAGGGAACACAAUGUAACUAUAAUGUCAGUGCAGAAGCUUGUGCUGGCAUAGAAUCCAAACAAUCAGGCAGUGUGACACUGUUAUGGAUAGACUUCUGUAUUGCCAGCCAGGACAGAUGCGCUUCACUGUGGAGCUCAGUCUGAGCUGCUGUUGAGUCUGUGGCACUCAGACCCAAAUUUUGGGGUUGCAUCUGGACACGUCACUGAAUUUCUCCCCUUGCAGGUAAUCUACUGUUAAUAGAUUCAAAGGCGCUAAGAAGUCAGAGGGUAAAAGAGCGUGCCACAGCUUGCUCUACUCCUCUCUAUUAUCAUAUUUAAUAUUGAAAGCUGUUUUAGCCUGGUCUCUGCCCUGUCGUAGUUUGUGUAUUGUGGAUCUUAAACCUGGUCUGCCACAUAAAGAUUUUGACAAUCCAUAAGUGUCACACUGACACAGAGAUCAGUGUCUGGUUUCCCAGGGUACAUGCAGGCUUUCAAGUGUAAUCUUCAAGAGCUGAAGGUUCAGGCACAGGUAAUCUCCAUCUCAUUAAGACACAGGCCCUGGAAAUAGCCAGGGAAUCACUGGCAGGAGAAGAAGAAUGAAUUUAAUGAAACCCAAAGACUUGCUGAUCAUUCACCAGUCAUGAUCAGUAAUGAUCACUAAACAUAUUUUCUGGCGUGUGAUAACAAAUUAUCUAGAAAUUUGGUGAUAAAGUGCUGUCCUUUCACUCAGUUAGAGUUACCCAAAGGCUGUGGCUUGUAAACAUGGUCUGGAUAGGAAUACUUUACUGCUUUUGCUGAAAGAGGAAUGCAAGAGAAAGUGAGUGGUGCUCUGUUAUCUGAGAAUGAACAGUGGUGUUAGCUUAUUCUUCAGGCUUGUCCAGCCUCUGAAUUUGUACUCUAAGUAAAUAACAGAGUAGAUGGCAGCUUCAGUGACAAAUACUUUUAUAGUUGCAAUAUUUGAAAAAAUGUUUUCCCUUGAAAAUGUAAAAAGUGUAAUUUUAAAUUGGUACUCUAUAUCCUAAAGGGCGUACAGUAUGUAUGGUGUUUCCUUGUAUUGUCAAUAGCCUUUCUGUUGUUCUUCAGACAGCAGUGUUAGAUUUCAAAGUACAUUACAGCAUUAUAUUUUUUAAUUUAUUGAUGAUACUGAUUUGUUGUAAAAAUGUGAUUCUGUAUAUGAUUAGAAUUUGAAUGGUACCAUGAUUUAGGACCCUUAAAGUUAUAAAUACUUUAAUUCUUUUUGUUAUCUGUGUAGGUGGGUAACCUGUGUACAGUAUAAUGCUGAGGUAUAAUUUUUUAAUUUAUUUCAGAUAUAAUUUUUUAACUUGUGUAACAGAAAAAUUGAGCUAUAUAUGGGUGGGGGGUAAAAAAAAAAAGAAAAGUCUACCUGGGUGUGUCAUGCUUAGUAAAAGCAGUGUUGUUCAGAGCUGUACAGACAACAUGGACGGUCAGCUUUUGACAUUGUACACGCUUUCCAAUCACCUCAAUGUAUUUGUACCAGACUCCUUGACUGCAUAUUAUCCGACAUUUAAAGCAUGAGCCGAAUAAAACAAAUGCUUGAAUCCAUGGCUUUAUUUUGCAUAUGGUAAUGGUCUCUGUGAGAUGAAAAAAAAAAAAACAAAGAAAGGAAAGAAGAUAGAUUACCAAAAUGCUUUUAUAGUUUUGUGUGUUCUCCUGGGUGUUUCGAGUGAGUAAAACCUGACUAUUUUUUAAACAAAUAAAUAAAAUUUUUGUUUUAAGAAACAAUAUAACACUGUGCUGAUUUUAAAUUCCCCAAGUGGUCCAUCUUCACAGUAAGAACAAAUCAGAAAGGAGAAAGAGGGAACGUUUCUGUGUGCUCAGACUGGCUACUUCACAACUCUCGUCACUUGUCACAAAUGCACAUCAGAGCUCUGUACAUGGCCAUAUGCCAUCAUAACUAAAAAAAAAUCAACAUUUCUUUACCAUAUUAUUAUUAUUUUUUGUUGUUGUUUUUUCAACCAAUAAAACAGAAUCCAUAUAUAUGAUGGUCUGUUUUCAUAGAAACCUGCUACAUAAAAUGUUAAUAACUCCAACCACAGUGUGAUUUUUUUUUUAUAUAAUUUAAGAAUAUGAACAAAUAGUGUUUUCCAGUGAGGAAUCAUUCAGUAUAGCUGUUAUCCCUUUUAUAAAAAGGCAAGGGGUGGUCACCAGGAAUUGAAUCCCCCAGAAUUUUGCAGGUGUAGUAUAAAGAUUUCUGUGCACUUUGUUUGCUGUGUUAUAAAUGGAGUUAACUGACAUAUCUCAGAUAAUAAUGGGCUGUACAGGCAAUAAAUAUGUUUGCUUCACCCAGCGAGAUCUGAAUUUAAAUGUCACAUGCAGGUGUAGCUCUAUAGUCAAAUCAUGUACUAGAAGGGAAAUCAUUUGUUGAAAUAUGAGUUGAAGUACAGUGUAAAUAAAAUACCUGGCAAACAGGAGUCCAUAAGGUAUGUAGUAUUCUGUUUCUCAGUCAGACUAACCUGGUGUAUUCAGUAUACCUCAACAAUUUGUGGUUCCUUCAAUGGAAUUACAUGCUUAUUUGUAUGGCAAAAUUAGACAAAUAGUAUACUGAAUGAAUAUGAGGGACUAGUUUUACUAGAAUAGAUAUUUCUUUCAAUAUGCAAUAGGCAUUCAUCCUUUAUCAGUUAUACACCCAUCUAUCGUAGGUACAGAGAAGUCUAUUGUCAUGCAGCAGCAAUAGGAUACAUAUGUUGGUGCAUGAAUGGGUAACAGUCUCUCACUGAACCUCUGAAUUGGCAAAAGGGCACAAUAUUUAUUUAUUAAAUUUUUUUGCUUUGGUUUUUUUUUUUUAAUAUAUUCUGCUACGAUCCAGGAUUCCCUUUAAUUCUUAUUGAAAGUAUAUCAUUUUUUUCAAUUGGUGGCUUUUGGCAUUAACUACAUACUUUUUGUUCUUAUUUUGAUUUUAUAACUUGUUACAGUGUUCUGUGAUGCCCGUUCUUUUUAAUCAGAUGAUACUGGUAAAAAAUUAACUCAUGUCUCAGUUUGUUUAAUGCGUUAAAGCUCGUGUCCUUUGUCACUCAUCAAAGCAGUCAUGUAAAUCUUUAAAUAUGUGAAACAUGGAUCCAUUUUAUAAACGAAACUGGGCAUAGGAAUGUUUUCCUGUAAAAUACAAACUUCAGCUAUGUGACUACUAUAAAUGUGUUCUUACAAAUGUGGUUUGCACUUCCCUAAUGCUUGCUUUAAUGAAAAAAAAAACUCAAAAUUCAGCUAUCAAGGCUUUAAAAGCGUGUAUUUGUUGAGACCUACAGUAGAUUUGAAUUUCUCCUUGUAAAAUUGUAUUGUUAGUUGCAAUAAAAUAACUGGGAGUGCGUUUGUGCUUUUUGCUUAGUUUAAACGCCUUACUGGAUAAUAACUAUUUUAAGAACUGUAUGGUUUACUUGUCGAAGAUUUGCGCCACUUUUGUGGAUCAGCUGCUGUUUAUGAAUGUGUGAGAAGGAUCUAUGAAACAAAAAAGUCAUCUGUAUAAAUAUUAUUCGCCUUAUAGAUUAGUAAAAUGUAUGAUUA